AUAUAUUCUCUUUGCUGCAUAACCAGCGGCGUUUACUUUUUCCCUGAGCCUGAAACCACCGUUCUAGCUUCCAUCUCCUUCAAGGCUACUCCAGUAUUCUUCUAGGCAGAAAUGGCUUCUGAAAUUGAUAAGCUUCAUGUCCUAUUCUUCCCUCUAAUGGCGCAAGGCCAUAUCUUACCAACCUUGGACAUGGUGAGGCUCUUUGCAGCCAGAGGCGUCAAGACCACCAUAGUCACCACCCCUCACAACGCCCCUCUCUUUUCCAAAACCAUCGAGAAAACCCAAAACUCCCCCUCCAAAAUCACCCUCGAAUUCAUCAAAUUCCCUGCAAAAGAGGCCGGCCUCCCCGACGGCCUCGAGAAUCUGGAUUCAGUUACCAACCCAGAACUCCACCGCAAAUUCUUUUUCGCCCUUUCCUUGCUCCAACAACCUCUUGAAGAUCUCAUACAGGAACUCCGCCCGCACGCGCUCGUCGCCGACAUCUUCUUCCCCUGGGCUACGGAUACAGCAUCCAAGUACGGAAUUCCGAGGCUGAUCUUCCACGGAACUAGCUUCCUCUCCAUGUGCGCUAUGGAAAGCAUAAAACAACACAAACCUCACAAAUCUGUGUCAUCCGACACCGAGCCGUUUGUCUUGCCUGGCCUGCCGGACGAAAUCAAGUUGACAAGAAUGCAACUGGCGGAUGAUCUUCGGCUAGAAGUGCUGAACGACUUUACAAGGUUGCUGGGUAGAGCUGGAGAAGCGGAAAAGCGAAGCUUUGGCACGCUUGUUAAUAGCUUUUACGAGCUUGAACCGCGUUAUGUUGAUCAUUACAGGAAGGUUAUAGGAAGGAAGGCCUGGCAUAUAGGUCCGCUUUCUCUUUGCAAUAAGAAUCCUGAAGAUAAAGCCCAGAGAGGAGGAAACGUUAACGCGCCCUCCAUUGAUGAGAAUGAGUGCUUGAAAUGGCUUGCUUCCAAGAAACCCAAUUCGGUUGUCUAUGUAUGCUUUGGAACGGUCUCAAAUUUCCCACCUUCUCAGUUGCAGGAGAUUGCAUUAGCCCUUGAGGCUUCUGGGCAGCAAUUCAUUUGGGUUGUGAGGAAGGGAAAGAAUGAUGAUCAUGGGCGAGAAGAAAACAAGGAAGAUUGGUUGCCUGAAGGGUAUGAGAAAAGAAUGGAAGGUAAAGGACUGAUAAUAAGAGGGUGGGCACCCCAGGUUUUGAUUCUUGAUCACGAAGCAGUUGGAGGAUUUGUGACUCACUGUGGCUGGAAUUCAGCGCUUGAAGGAAUCAGCGCUGGGCUGCCGAUGGUGACAUGGCCGGUUUUCGCUGAACAGUUCUACAACGAGAAGCUGAUUACCGAUGUUUUGAAGAUUGGAGUUGGUGUUGGUGUUCGGCAAUGGGUUAGGCUUGUGGGUGAUCGCAUCAAAAGGGAAGCCAUAGAGAAGGCAGUGAAGGAGAUCAUGGUGGCGGAGAGAGCUGAGGAAAUGAGAAGCAGAGCUAAGGUGCUUGGUGAAAUGGCUAGGAGGGCUGUCGAAGAAGGAGGCUCAUCGUACUCUGAUUUGGGCUCUUUAAUUGAAGAAUUGAAGUCGUAUUCCUCAUCAAGCAAGCAAGAUUAAUGAUUAUGACGGAAGACUUGGGAAUCAUCUUUCCCAGAAAUGGUAUCUGUAAUCAUACUCUGAUUUAUUUUAUCUUUUAUGGGCGUAAUUGUUAUUGGAUAGGAAUCUGUAAUCUCUUAUGUGUGAGCUUAUUUAAGGCAACAUUCUAUGAAUAGAAAGGCAUUCCAAGUUUUAUC